CGGAUCUCGCGAGAGGAGCUGACAUUAAAUACCCCUCCCUGCGCGCGUUCGGCCUUCUAUUCUAUCGCACCAAAUGGCGGAUGACGCCGGUGCCGCGGGAGCGGCAGGAGCAGGAGGAGCCGCCGCUGCCACCGCCGCCAGGGGCGGCUUCCGAGGAGGCUUCGGCAGUGGGGGCCGGGGCCGGGGAAGAGGCCGGGGCCGUGGUCGCGGUCGUGGUCGCGGGGCUCGAGGCAAAGCUGAGGACAAAGAAUGGAUGCCUGUGACCAAACUAGGUCGACUGGUAAAAGACAUGAAGAUCAAAUCUCUGGAAGAGAUCUACCUUUUCUCUCUUCCAAUCAAGGAGUCUGAAAUCAUUGACUUCUUCCUGGGUUCUUCGCUGAAGGAUGAAGUUUUGAAAAUCAUGCCAGUGCAGAAGCAAACAAGGGCAGGCCAGCGCACCAGGUUCAAGGCCUUUGUUGCCAUUGGGGAUUACAACGGUCAUGUUGGCCUUGGGGUCAAGUGCUCUAAAGAAGUUGCCACGGCCAUUCGUGGGGCCAUCAUCCUGGCAAAACUCUCCAUCGUGCCAGUGAGGCGAGGCUAUUGGGGAAACAAGAUUGGCAAGCCUCACACAGUGCCAUGCAAGGUGACAGGCCGGUGUGGGUCUGUCCUGGUUCGCCUCAUUCCUGCCCCACGUGGCACAGGGAUUGUGUCUGCCCCCGUUCCCAAGAAGCUACUGAUGAUGGCGGGAAUCGAUGACUGCUACACCUCGGCCAGGGGCUGCACUGCUACCUUGGGCAAUUUUGCUAAAGCCACUUUUGAUGCUAUCUCCAAGACCUACAGUUAUCUGACCCCUGAUCUUUGGAAAGAAACUAUCUUCACUAAAUCUCCUUAUCAGGAAUUUACUGAUCAUCUGGCGAAGACCCACGCCACCAGAGUGUCUGUGCAAAGAACUCAGGCAGCUGCUGUGGCAACCACCUAAAAAUCGUGUACAUUGCCAAUAAAGUAAUCCUGAAGUUUUAAACCAA